ACCUUAUUGUUAGAGCUGUCACUUUUGAAAGGGCUUAGCUAAGCAGCCCGUUAUAAAACCCUUCUAAGCACUAGGAAGGAGCAGUACAGGAUUGCCCCGCUUUCCUAUUGGAUCCUUACCGAAGCAGUGUCCUCUGAGAACAGACGGACAGGGUGACCGCGGACUUUUUUGUUUGUCUCUUCUCGACUCCACAGGAAGGUGCUGCAAUGAUGUUUCCAAGUGUCAUCGCACCUUCAGCCAUCUAUCCCAGCCUCCUGCGCCCAGCACCGGCCCUCACUCUGCCGCAGACCUUACAUUCUGCCUUUACUAGCCAUUCCAGCUUUUUAGUAGAGGAUCUUUUAAGAGUUAGCCGACCCACCGGCUAUCUACACCGGACUGUCCCAUCUCCUAACAUGUCUCCACCAGCCUCCGGAGCAACGACAUUAAACACUUUAUCAGCUGACCAUGUCAGCAGCUCCUCGGCGACUCGAGUGUCCUGCGCUCAGCAGACAUCACUGUCCUCCAACAACGACCCUACGUAUUUGAAGUUUGGAGUAAAUGCAAUUCUCGCCCCUUCGAGAAACGAAUCAUCUACCACUUCUCUUCAAGGAGUCCAUCAAAAGACAUUCCAGCUGCCGUAUUUCGAAGGCUCCUUCCACCCGUUCAUCCGAUCCUCCUAUUUUCCAGGUUCAUCCUCUGUUGUCCCGAUUCCUGGAACGUUCUCCUGGCCUUUGGCGGCCAGAGGUAAACCAAGAAGAGGAAUGCUUCGCAGAGCUGUUUUUUCUGACGUACAACGAAAAGCACUCGAGAAAAUGUUUCAGAGGCAGAAAUACAUCAGCAAACCAGACCGAAAGAAGCUGGCAGCAAAGCUUGGGCUAAAGGACUCGCAGGUGAAAAUAUGGUUCCAAAACAGGAGGAUGAAGUGGAGGAAUUCCAAGGAAAGAGAGCUUCUGUCAUCAGGAGGAUGCCGAGAGCAGACUUUACCCACCAAAAUGAAUCCCCACCCUGACCUGAGCGACGUUGGCAAAAAGUCGUCCGAAGACGAAGACUGCCCAUGUAGAGACAGUCCGCGCUCCCCUCUGUGUCAAUUCCCAACAGAUUCAAAACUUACAGACUCUACAGACUCGCACUUAAUAUCCCCAUCAAACUCCAGUAAACCUUCAGAUUUCUCAGACUCUGACGAUGAAGAAAUAACCGUUUCCUAAAAAGAAACAGAGACUAAUCAAAUCUAUAUAAUGUAGACAUUUUAUAUAUGACUUGCAUAAAACCGAAUAUACACGACAAGAGGUGCUGCCCUUUAUGGUGCGGUCGGGCAAACGCUGCCGCGCGAGGUGUAAUGGAGGGUCAAUUCGACAGGAGUUUGAAGUUCACAGAAUUCCUUUGUUUGCACAUAACGAGUAAAAAAUAGUAAGU